AUGGCAUCUGUUUAUACAGCUUUAGCAAUUAUAGGAAUGUUUUUUAUUUCUCCUUUUUUAAUACCAGCACUGUUCUGGGGAGUUGUAUUAUAUGAUUUUUUCAACUCAGAACUGCCACCUGGAAUUGAGCAACCUCUAAAACUUCGUUUUUUCCACUCCUUGCUGAUUACAACCAUGGUCGGGGGAAAGAUUUUGGAGAAGCUGGGGAUCUGCAAUGAUUUAACCAUACUGCGACUAAUGCUCAAUGGGAUACCCCCAUGGAGAGAUUCCAAACUGCUUAUCAAAGAUCUCACAGUAGAUGAGGUACCCUUGAGGAUUUAUCAGCCCAAAAGCCCACCCACUGGCAAAAGAAGAGGAAUUCUGUAUUUUCAUGGAGGCGCUGGCACAUUUGGGAGCAUUAGAGCCUUUGAAAGAGUAUGCCGCUAUAUGGCCAAAAAAUGCAACUCAGUGGUUGUGUCUGUUGGGUACCGUCUGGCUCCUGAACACCCCUACCCAGGGCAAUAUUUUGACUGUCUCAAUGCCACCUUAUACUUCAUGAGGAAUUUAGAAAAGUAUCAUGUGGAUCCUGGUUUCAUCAUCAUUAGUGGUGACAGCUGUGGAGCUAAUUUUGCUACAGUUAUUUGCCAAAUACUGCUGAAUGAUAGAGAUCUGCCAAAAGUACGUGCUCAGGUCCUACUUUACCCAGGACUCCAGGGGCUGGAUUUCCAGUUGCCCUCCUACCAGCAGAACGCUUUUGUCCCCAUGUUGCCCCGGAAGAUGAUCAUCUACCUCUGUUUUCGUUACCUUAACAAAAAACCCACGGUUUGGAAAGACGUUCUGCAAAACUGUCAUGUUCCUGAGAGUAUGAGACAUCAGUAUAAAAAAUGGGUAAGUGCUGACAUUAUUCCUGAUGAAUUUAAGAUUAGAGGCUACAUACCACCAAAACCCACAUCAUAUAAACCUGAAGUCCAUGAAGCUAUCAAAGAAAUUUUAGCAAUAACAUUUUCCCCACUUUUAGCUGAAGAUUCCAUUAUUUGCCAGCUCCCUGAGUCCUACAUUGCGACCUGUGAGUUUGAUGUGUUGAGGGAUGAUGGUCUGUUAUACAAGAAGAGACUAGAGGACAAUGGUGUUCAAGUGACCUGGUAUCAUUGCAAGAACGGCUUCCAUGGAAUUUUAGCCUUUUUUGGCUAUGGGAUUUUUUCCUUUUUAUCUGGAAAUAAGUUAAUGGACAGUGUUGUGAAUUAUAUAAACAGCUUAUAG